AAGAGGGAAGAGUAUCGCGGACCGGCGGCGGCGAGCGGCGAUGUGACCGAGGAGCCGCGGCGCGAGCGCGAGACGGACGUCUGGUGUCCCGGAUGUUUUCGUCGACGUAGUGAUCCACGAUGAACCUCACCGCGGGCAACGCGCACGGCAACGGCCUGCUCUACGCCGGCUUCAAUCAGGACCAAGGAUGCUUCGCCUGUGGCAUGGAGAACGGGUUCCGUGUGUACAACUGUGAUCCGCUGAAGGAGAAAGAGAGGCACGACUUCAGCGACGGGGGCCUCGGAUAUGUGGAGAUGCUUUUCAGAUGUAAUUAUCUGGCGCUGGUUGGCGGUGGAGCCAAGCCGAUGUACCCGACAAACAAAGUCAUGAUAUGGGACGAUAUAAAGAAAUUGCCAGCAAUUACCCUAGAAUUCAAUGCACCCGUGAAGGGGGUCAAGUUGCGGAGAGACAGGAUAGUGGUAGUGCUGGAGGGUGUUAUUAAGGUUUAUACGUUUACACAAAAUCCCCAACAGUUGCACGUAUUCGAGACUAAUCCUAAUCCGCGAGGGUUGUGCGUUCUGUGCCCGAACAGCAACAACUCCUUACUCGCCUUUCCCGGACGAAAGAACGGUCACGUUCAAGUUAUAGAUCUGGCUAAUACAGAGAAGCAACCCUUAAAUAUAGAAGCACACGAAACGCCUUUAUCUUGCAUAGCUUUAAAUCUGCAGGGCACCAGAUUGGCCACUGCCUCGGAGAAAGGUACUUUGAUAAGAGUGUUCGAUACGCAAAACGGUAACAUGAUUAACGAAUUAAGAAGAGGAGCGAAUCACGCAAAUAUCUAUUGCAUAAACUUCAAUCACGAUUCUACGUGGCUGUGCGUUGCCAGCGAUCACGGUACCGUACACGUAUUCGCCGUCGAAGAUCAAAAAUUAAAUCGCCAAUCUAGUUUAGCGUCCGCCACUUUCCUGCCAAAGUACUUCAGUUCGAAUUGGAGUUUCUGCAAAUUUCAAGUGCCGGGCGGUCCCCAGUGCAUGUGCGCGUUUGGUCAAGAUAACAAUAGCAUCAUAGUGAUAUGCGCAGACGGUAGUUAUUACAAGUUCGUAUUCAACAACAAGGGUGAGUGCACGAGAGACUUUUACGCGCAGUUUCUCGAGUUGACCGAUGACAAAGCGUGAUCGGAGGAUACAUAACCGGCGGUGGACUCCUAACCGCGAGAGAUGACCUUCGUGUUCCUUCAUUGUUUUCACUCAUUUCGGCCGAGUAAAAGAACGAGCGGGUACGGCUCGCAGGUACAUCGUAUUCAUGGAUUACAAUACUCGAGCUGUUUAUAUAGGGGAAAUGACGUUUGUACCAAACGUUACGAUAGAGGACCAAAUGAAGAGUUCUAUUAAUUGUUGGUGAUAUCGUUGGUGUGUUGUGCGCGGAUUUUUUUCCCGAAAAAAAAAGAAAAGAAAAGAAAUAUUGACAAAUAGAAGAGGAAGGGAAAAAUACCUUAACAGAGAUUGUGUCAUAAACUUGUUACACGAGCCUAUUCGCUGACGCCUAUUGAUAGAAGAGCAAAUUUUUAAAUAUAACUAAAACAGAAGGAAUAUUUCCCCAGGUGAUAACGGGGGACAUCGCAAGUUACUUGUUGGCGUGAUACUCACGUUUUCUUACAUUUUAGAUAAGAACGCUGCUGCAGCUAACUAAAGCAAAUGUUGGCCAUAAAUUAUCCUUGUGGCAAAAAGCAAAUAAUCAUUUUCCGUAGCUUCGCGGUAAGCGCUUUGCAAUGCAAUCGUGUAUCCCUAUCGAUCAUGUGUUUUGUAGCUCCGUAAAUCUUUUCGUUAUAUUAUAUAUAAAUACAUUACUAUAAAAUUGAUAUAUACAUCCCUACUCUUCGACGAUUUUAAAUAGAUUGUUAAAUAGAUUGCAUCCGUUUUUGGCGAUUUGUUGAACACGUCUUUGUUUCAUAUGUCGAAUCAUAUCAUAUAUAUAUAUAUAUAUACACGUCAUAUACAUAUGUAUCGUACUGAAGUAUUGUAAUUUUUAUUUUUACGUUUUUCCAUACAUCUAAUAUACAUAUACACAAGAGAUUCUACACUUUAUAUCACACGGCUAUUACCGCAAAUAACGAGGUUGUAAUUUUACAAACAAGUUGAGUUUAAGUACGAAAUAAAAACUGAUUAUGCCACGA